AUGGAAGGGCUCAACCAGACAGUGACCCAUUUUGUGUUCUUGGGACUGACCAGUAACCGGAGCCUGGAGCUGGUUUUAUUAGUCAUUUUCUUCAUCCUCUAUUUACUUAUCCUAGCAGGGAAUCUCCUCAUUAUAGUGACGGUGACUUGCAAUCGGUGCCUCCACACCCCCAUGUACUUCUUCCUGGGAAACCUCUCUUUCAUUGACAUCUGCCAUUCCUCUGUCACAAUGCCCAAGAUGCUCUUUGACUGCCUCUUCCACCAGAAGAUCAUCUCCUUUGGGGGCUGUGUAACUCAACUCUUUUUCCUUCACCUGUGUGCUUCUGCUGAAAUCUUCCUUCUGACAGUCAUGGGGUAUGACCGUUGUGUUGCCAUCUGCUACCCUUUACAGUAUAUGAGCCUGGUGAACAUGAAGAUCUGUGCAUGCUUGGUCGGUGCCUUGUGGGUGGGGGCAACUAUUCACUCCCUGGUCCAGACUGUCCUCACCAUUCAUCUGCCUUAUUGUGGGCCUAAUGUCAUAGACAGCUUUUUCUGUGAUAUUCCUCCACUCAUGAAAUUAGCUUGCACUGACACAUAUUUCACUGGUGUUCUUAUAAUAUCCAACAGUGGUCUUAUGUCCCUAGUUUGCUUCUUGGCCUUAGUAGCUUCCUAUGUCAUCAUCCUUAUCUCACUGAGAGGGCAGACAGCUGAGGGUCGCCACAAAGCCUUCUCCACAUGCACUGCCCACUUACUGGUUGUAGUCUUGUUCCUGGGGCACUGCAUUUUCAUCUACACCCGCCCUACUUCCAGCUUCUCAACAGACAAACUGGCUGCUGUCCUCUACACCAUGGUAACUCCUGCUCUGAAUCCUGUGAUCUACACCCUGAGGAACGAAGAGGUAAAGAGCUCCAUUAAGAAACUCUGGAACUAG